AUGACCACCCAUUGGGCCAACGACGGCCAAGCGGACAAAGAGCUCGCCACCACUUUUGCAAAGGAUACAACUUGGGGAGGUCAAGGUCAACGGCACGAUAGAAUACACGGCGAUGACCCAAUUCCCGGAGUCGAAGAAACGAUAGCCAUGUCUGGUGACGUGUCUGGCGAUAGCGAAGAUGUCGAGGUUGGCCUUACUGCCGGGCAGAAGAUGCUGUCUGCCAUGUCCGGCAGCUUGUUGACUUCGAUAUUGGUUACCCCUCUCGAUGUUGUCCGGGUUCGAUUACAGUCGCAGCCAACGCAGUCACCACUCACGAGUAUACGGACGCUUGCCUUGAAUUCCUCGCAGUCAAUCAACAACCUGCCGCCGAAUCUCGGAGUAACGGCUUGCUGUCGCGAGGUUUUCUUUGCCACCAACAAUACCGAAUUUUGUAUGGCGGCGACGAAGAUUGGGGAUAUGAAUUCAGGAAUAGGAGCGGCGCAAUGUGCGGUGGAAGAGACACAGCAGAGAACUUUCAACUCAACAUUCGAUGGACUACGGAAGAUUGCGCGGAAUGAAGGGGUUACAACGUUAUGGCGAGGUCUUUCUCCAACAUUGCUCAUGACGGUACCGGGGAACAUCAUAUAUUUCACAGGCUAUGAUUGGCUUCGAUUCCAUAAGCAGAGUCCCAUCAGUCGAUAUGCCUCUGAUAAUUCUGCGCCACUCGUCGCUGGAGCGGUGGCUAGGAUACUUGCUGCUGGAGUAGUAAGUCCGAUUGAGAUGUUCCGGACGAGGAUGCAGGCUAGUCGAACUACUGGAGGUGGUCACUUUGCGGAGACUGUGAAAGGAAUCGGAGAAAUGGUUGCUAGUCACGGAUACACUUCCCUGUGGCGUGGUCUUACCCUAACACUUUGGCGGGACGUCCCGUUCUCCGGGAUCUACUGGUGGGGAUAUGAGAGCAUCAGAGGAGCCUUGACAGAGGCUCGGGAGCGAGGACGAGGACGUGAUCUUCGCACCGAAAGUUCUAGAUCUCGUGCGAGGAGCAGGUCCCAGAGUCGGGAAAACCAUACCGCAACUUUCACGGAUAGUUUUAUUGCUGGUGCAACAUCUGGAGCCGUUGCAUCCAUUAUAACGAUGCCCUUUGAUGUGGGCAAGACACGGCGGCAGGUUUACGUGGAACCAGGAACUACCCCAGCUGGAGUUGAAAAGAUCUUGGCUCCUGAAGAGAGAUCAAUGCCUCGAUUUCUCUGGCACAUUUUCAAGACGGAGGGAUUUUCCGGUCUUUGGAGGGGGUGGAUUCCAAGGACAUUGAAAGUUGCUCCGGCAUGUGCAAUCAUGAUUAGUUCUUACGAAGUUGGGAAGAGAACAUUUAGAAGCGUGAAUGAGCGGGCGGAACGGAAAAAGGGGGCGAUAUGA